AUGUCCUGGCAAUUUAAGCUCACAGCCAGUGUGCGGGCGUCUCCGCUGCGGGCACUGACUACCCGGCCGAAUAAUGGUCUCCUACUUCGCCCGACCGUAUACGGUGCUGCGGGGAGGUUCUCCGCUUGGUCAGACUCUACCAUGACUCAAACCAUCACCUACGCUAAACGGACCUUGUCCACCACCCAACCGAGGAAAAGCUUAAACCUCGAUAACAUAAACCAGAACGUCCGCGCGGCCAAGUACGCUGUGCGUGGAGAGUUGGCUGUCAAGGCUGAGGCUUACCGUCAGCGCCUCACCGAGGGUGAUAGCUCGCUGCCCUUUGACAGUGUCAUUUUCGCCAACAUUGGUAACCCACAGCAAUUGGACCAGAAGCCUAUUACCUUCUUCCGACAAGUACUAAGUCUCCUCGAGAACCCUAUACUUUUGGAGAACCCCAAGGUAUUGAAGACCUCUUUUGGAUAUAAACAGGAUGUGAUUGAUCGGGCAGAAGUCUUACUGGGCAAUGUGCAGAGCGUUGGUGCUUAUAGUCACAGUCAAGGUGCUCCCGGAAUCCGCGACAGCGUUGCCAAGUUUAUUGAGGAGCGUGAUGGAUUCCCUGCCAACCCGCAGGAUCUGUUCUUGACUGGUGGUGCCUCGGCUGGUGUUGCCACUCUUCUGAAUGUUAUUUGUAAUGAUUCCAACGCAGGUGUACUGGUCCCAAUUCCCCAGUACCCGCUGUACACUGCAACAUUGGCAUUGUUGAAUGCGCACUGCGUUCCUUACUACUUGGAGGAGCAGAAGGCCUGGGGAACCAACGUCGAUGUAAUUAAGCAGUCGAUUGCCGAAGCCAAGGCUAAGAACAUUAAUGUGCGCUCUAUCGCUGUGAUUAAUCCAGGCAACCCGACUGGAGCCUCUCUCAGUCCGGAUGAUAUCAAGGCAGUACUUGAUAUCGCCGCUGAGGAGGCUCUCGUCGUUAUUGCCGACGAGGUCUACCAGACCAACGUCUUCACUGGCGAGUUCGUCUCCUUCAAGAAGCGCCUUCGCCAGCUCCAACAGGAGCAGCCUGGCAAGUACGAUGACGUGGAGCUGGUUUCCCUGCACAGUACCUCCAAGGGCAUGGUUGGAGAGUGUGGUCACCGUGGUGGUUAUUUCGAGCUUGUGGGCUUCGACCCCCUGGUUCAGGAACAGAUUUACAAACUCGUCAGCAUUGGUCUGUGCCCGCCGGUCGUUGCACAGUGCUUGCUGGAGACUAUGGUGAACCCUCCUCGUGAGGGUGAGCCUAGCCACGAGCUGUAUCAACAGGAGUAUAAUGGAAUCCGCGAUGGCUUGCACAAGCGUGCUCUUGCCUUGUACAAUGCCUUCCAGCGGAUGGAGGGUGUAGAGUGCCAGGAACCUCAGGGUGCUAUGUACCUUUUCCCUACUAUCAACCUCCCCAGCAAGGCCGUCGAAGCCGCUCAGUCUGAGAGUCGUGCCGCCGAUGAAUUCUACUGUCUGGCCUUGCUGGAUGCUACCGGUGUUUGUGUCGUCCCAGGCUCUGGUUUCGGUCAGAAGGAGAACACACUUCACUUCCGCACAACUUUCCUUGCACCUGGCACCGACUGGGUUGAGCGCAUCGUGAAGUUCCACUCCGAGUUCAUGGAGAAGUACCGGUCAUAA